AUGGUUAUUCUUCUUCUCUAUGUUGAUGAUAUGAUCAUUACAGGUGAUGAUCCUCGAGGUAUAUUUGACUUACAAGUCUAUCUAGACGAACACUUUGAGAUGAAAGAUUUGGGAUCACUCAGUUAUUUUCUUGGUUGUGAGGUCUCAUCUCGCUCUAAUGGAUACUACUUGUCUCAAGCUAAAUAUGCUUAUGAUUUCCUAGCUAGAUCUGGCAUUACUGAUUUUACCUUCAAUACCACUGGAUCAAUGUUCGGCACUGUUGGCCAUCGACUCAAGUUUUCUUCCCAGUCGUCCUUGAUAUUAUUUGGGUACUUUGAUGCUAAUUGGACUGGUCACCCCACUGAUCAUCGUUCCACCAUAGAUGUUACCUCUGAGUUACUAUGGCUUCGUUGGCUUCUGGCUGAUAUGGGUGUUCCUCAGCAUUCUACCACUGUAGUUCAUUGUGAAAAUUGUAGUGCCAUCCAAAUUGCCCACAAUGACGUAAAAGAUGAUAAAGAAGAAGAAGAUGAUGAAGAUGGUGUUGAAGGAGCUAAAUCGAUGCAAUCUGUAACGUCCGGAUCUUUACACAUUAUGAUCUACCGCUACGACAUGCAUACUUAG